AUGGCCUUGCAAAGGUCGACAUGCCUCGCGCGGGCUGCGCAGGGUGCCUACGGAGCUGUUCAACGACCUUCACUAUCUCACACUUCUACUUCGCCUAUUCUCCGAGCCACAUCGCAAUCUGCUUCUACGAAGAAGUAUCAAAAUAAUUUCUCUACCUCCAUCAGACGACAUGCCGAAGGACUCGAGUUGUCUCGGGCAGCCCCAGAAAUCGAUUUCAAGAACUUCGUCAUUCGUCCGGCACGUAUAGUCCCUGCCUCGCCGGCAUACUUUUCCGGAAGUCCAAAGUUCAUCGACCAUCAGAUCAAGCUAGAACGACUUUUAGAAAAGUACGGACAGUUACCGACUUUAGAGGGCAGCGAAGCGCCUCGAAUGGCGUGGUUCAAACUGGCACAAUUUCGAGACUUGUUAGGCGAACCCAUUCCCGCAAAGAAAUACAAGAACUUCCAAAAAGUCUUGCAACGACUCAACAAAAUCCAGACAGACUUGUUGCCUGAAGAGGUCCGAGAGGCAUUGUAUAGCUACGUUCGUCCCGGUAACCCCUAUGCCAACAAACCGGCUCCAAAGGAGGUGGAUGAAUUCGGCCGAGCGCGCGGAAAGGGAAAAAGAAAGGAAUCUUCUGCCGUGGUCUACCUUGUGGAGGGAGAGGGAGAGGUGCUUGUGAAUGACAAAAAUAUUGUGGAUGCUUUCCCUCGAGUACAUGACCGAGAAAGUGCGCUCUGGGCGUUACGAUGCACGCAAAGACUUGAUAAAUAUAAUGUCUGGGCCAAGGUGUCUGGUGGAGGAGUAACAGGACAGGCGGAAGCCAUUACAUUGGCCGUUGCUCGCGCUCUGAUGGUUCAUGAGCCAGCGCUCAAACCAGUUUUGCGACAAGCCGGUGUCAUCACAGUCGACGCCCGUCGUGUUGAGAGGAAGAAGCCUGGUCAUGUCAAGGCAAGAAAAAUGCCUACCUGGGUCAAGCGAUGA